UUUCAACUCAAGACCCCGUCUCCCUGCGCCUCCUCCUGCUGACCCUUGACAAGUCUGCGCCCGAAAUCGUCAAGGCUUGCGAUCGAAUAAGACAGAGAAGCAAGAACCAUGGAGGAGCAAGACAUGGAAGCGCAUCGGAGGAGGUUGGUCGUCAUCGGAGGAGGCGUGGCUGGCUCUCUCCUCGCUAAAUCCCUCCAAUUCCACGCCGAUGUCACCCUCAUUGAUCCGAAGGAAUAUUUUGAGAUUCCGUGGGCAAGCUUGAGAGCGAUGGUGGAGCCAUCCUUCGCUGAAAGGUCGGUGAUCAACCAUGGAGAUUACUUCACCAAUGGCCGCAUUGUUACCUCCACUGCCAUCGAUAUCAAUGAAAACCAAGUUUUGACAGCACAAGGCCGUCUCAUUCCCUAUGAUUUCCUCGUCGUUGCCACCGGCCAUGCCAAUUGUGUCCCAAAAUCUAGAACUGAGAGACUUGAUCAAUACAAAGCAGAAUAUCAACAGAUAAAUUCAGCUCGUUCCAUUUUAAUUGUCGGAGGAGGCCCCACUGGUGUUGAACUUGCUGGAGAAAUUGCAGUUGAUUUUCCAGAAAAGGCCGUUACUCUGGUGCAUAAUGGUUCGAGGUUGCUAGAAUACAUUGGACCAAAAGCUUCCGAAAAGUCCUUGCAUUGGUUAAAAUCAAAGAAAGUCGAAGUGAAAUUGGAGCAAAGAGUGGAUUUGAAUUCUGUUUCAGAUGAAAGCAAAAUUUAUCAAACUUCUGCUGGAGAAAUUUUCAGAGCAGAUUGCCAUUUUCUGUGCACUGGGACACCACUGGGUUCAGCAUGGCUUAAGGAAACUGUGUUGAAAAAUAACUUGGAUACAUACGGAAGGUUGAUGGUUGAUGAGAAUUUGAGAGUCAAGGGUCGAAAGAACAUAUUUGCAAUUGGAGAUAUUACUGAUAUUCCGGAAAUCAAACAAGGAUAUUUGGCACAAAAACAUGCUCUAGUGGCUGCAAAGAACUUGAAGCUAUUGAUAACAGGAGGAAAAGAAAGCAAAAUGGCAAUCUAUGAGCCUAGCUCUGUGAAGGCAAUUGUUUCACUUGGAAGGAAAGAUGCGGUGGCACAAUUCCCUCUCACUACGAUUAUUGGAAUUGUUCCCGGCAUGAUCAAGUCCAGGGAUCUAUUUGUUGGGAAGACAAGGAAGCAAAUGGGGCUAGAUCCUCAUGUUGUGCACAAUUAAAUUUGAGUGCUUGUGAAUGGCUUGUAUAAAUACUUGGAAAAACAAUUAAACUUGAGAGCUUGUGAGCAGCUAAACAUGAUUUAGCUCAAAGACUAUGAUGGUGUGGAUUAUAUUACGUUGUAGAAUUCAAAAUUA